ACAGACAACGCCACAUUUGCACUCGGUUGUUGGUAACUCGUUACCACUUUAUGUGUGUUCAUUAAACAAAGAGAGUCUUCACUCUUCAGUGAAAAAUUGGCCAAAAAAAUAAAAGCAGCAGCAGGAGAAAAGAGUAGUAGAUGUCCCUGUCUGUAUGUGAUCCCCACCUCCAGCCUGUCUUCUCUCUCCUCCUUCUUCUUCUUCCAUUAAUCUCCUCUGCUUCUCUCACUUCCCCAACUCUGCACUUCUUUAUCGCUCUCUCUCUCUUUCCCUUCUUCAUCUCUCCAUUCCGCGUGUCCUUCACUUCCCCUCCAUCUUAAAGCAACCUCGCCAAAUACCCCCUUCUUCUUCUUCUUCUUCUUCUUCCCCCCUCCAUCCCCAACCCUCUAUUCCUUCCAUUCCCAAGCACACUCUGAACUCCCUUUCCCAAUUCCGAGCACCAUGGGAGGAAUUCCCAUCUAUGGUGUCUCUUCCCUCCUCUUCAUCCUCCUCACCCUUUCCAUUACCUCCACCGCAUUGCCCACUCCUUCUUCCCCCAAACACCACCACCAUUCCCAAUCUUCCACCGCCGCCGCCUCCCAAAUCAACUCCAACUCCGUCCUCGUCGCCCUCCUCGACUCCCAUUACACCGAGCUCGCCGAGCUGGUCGAGAAGGCCCUCCUCCUCCACACUCUCGAGCAAGCCGUCGGCAACCACAACCUGACCAUCUUCGCCCCACGCAAUGAAGCCCUGGAGCGCCGCCUCGACCCGGAGUUCAAGCGCUUCCUCCUCGAGCCUCGCAACCUCCACUCCCUCCAGACCCUUCUCAUGGCCCACAUUCUCCCCUCCCGGGUCGGAUCCCCCAACUGGCCCAAGCCCUCCGACCCAUCCCGCCGCCACCGCACCCUCUCCUCCUCCCACCACCUCCACCUCUCCACCAAACCCACCGGCCAGAAGACCGUCGACUCCGCCGAAAUCGUCCGACCCGACGACGUCACCCGACCCGACGGUGUCAUCCACGGCAUCGAGCGCCUCCUCAUCCCUCAAUCCGUCCAGGAAGACUUCAACCGCCGCAGGAAUCUCAGAUCCAUCUCCGCCGUCAUCCCUGAGGGAGCUCCCGAAGUAGAUCCCAGAACCCACCGAUUGAAGAAACCCGCAGCGGCGGCAGUACCCGUGGGAGCCCCACCCGUUCUCCCCAUUUACGACGCUCUUGCCCCGGGUCCUUCCCUAGCUCCGGCUCCCGCUCCGGGACCCGGAGGCCCACACCACCACUUCGACGGGCACAGCCAGGUGAAGGACUUCAUCCACACGCUGUUGCAUUACGGCGGGUACAAUGAAAUGGCGGAUAUCCUGGUCAAUUUGACCUCGCUUGCAACCGAGAUGGGGCGGCUGGUUUCCGAAGGCUAUGUGCUGACUGUUCUGGCGCCGAACGAUGAGGCGAUGGCGAAACUGACGACGGACCAGCUCAGUGAGCCGGGUGCGCCGGAGCAGAUCAUUUAUUACCAUAUCAUCCCCGAGUACCAGACGGAAGAGAGCAUGUAUAAUGCGGUGAGGAGGUUUGGUAAAGUGAAGUAUGACACUCUGCGGUUGCCCCACAAGGUUACUGCUCAAGAGGCAGACGGGUCGGUUAAGUUCGGGGCGGGUGACGUGUCGGCGUACCUGUUCGACCCGGACAUCUACACGGACGGCAGGAUUUCGGUACAGGGGAUUGAUGGGAUUCUGUUCCCGGAGAGCGAAGCGGGCGAGCCGCUGAGGAAGCCGGCCAGUCCCGUCAAAGUGGUGACCAAGCCCAGGAGAGGGAAAUUGAUGGAGGUAGCCUGCAGAGUGAUUGGCUCUUAUUUCACCCCUUCUUCCUGUCAAUGAACAUACAACUUCUUUUUUUCUUUUUAUUUUCAUUUAUUUUUAUUCUCUUUCUCUUUUCCAAAAAAGAAACCCCAAAAAAAAAACAGCAAAAUACAACUGGGGAGCCAUUGGAGGAGAUAGAGAAACUGGUAAGUUGUGGAGAAACUUGGAUAUGGGUUGUGUAUUUGUUGAUGUUUGGAGGGUAAUUGAGUAAUUUGGGUGACCUGAUUGUCUUCUUCUUCUUCUUCAAAUGGCAUGGCAGGUAGCAAAGACUUUUGUGUAGAAGGAGGAAAAGGAAACAUGAAAUGAUAAUAAAGAAGGGGAAGGGCUGAUGUGGGCAUCCAAGCCAUCAUCUAGCAUAGAAGGAAGGAAGGUCUCUCUUCCCUGCUUAUUAUUAGGAUCCAUAUAAAUAUAUAUUAUAUAUAUAUGAAUGAAGCGAGCAAGGGAGAGGGGUUUUGAGUGCUUGUUUUUUGUUCAUCAUAAUGAAGAAAGAUUAAGGGAAAAAAGGAGGGUGAAAUUUACUGUAAUUAAAUGUUCAUGUGAUCAUUUCAAUUUAUUCUUUCUUGUUUCUCAAUUUUAGAGUUGCAACUUUUGAGUAGUGUGAUCAAUCCCAGCAUUCAUUUUCAGAUUGGUUACUGUGUUUGCAGUGGCAGACCCAGGAAAUUUACAUAGGGGUGUGUGUUUGCAGUGGCAGACCCAGGAAAUUUACAUAGGGGUGUCAUCUUUCAAAAAAUAAAGUAAAAUAAAAAUU